CAGUGGUGAGGCAGCUUUGGGAAACCGGAACUGACCAGGUAACUUGUCCAGGAACUGGAAGACAUGGCCACCUCCGCAUCCCACGAUCGCGUUAUUAACUUUGGCGCAGGGCCCUCCGCGCUGCCCCUACCCGUGCUUGAGCAAUCGCAAGCGGGUCUGGUCAACUUCGAGAACACCGGCAUCGGUAUCGCUGAGAUCUCACACCGUUCCUCCGAGUUCACCACGUUCAUCGCCAAAGUCGAGGUGAACAUCCGCAGCCAGCUCGAUGUCCCGCCGACGCACGCUAUUCUCUUCACGCAGGGCGGCGGCUCCGCGCAGUUCGCAGCUGUCGUGAUGAACAUGCUCGCGCGGUACAAGCUGCUGCACCCCGAGAAGGGCGGCGCGGAGACGGUGCUCGACUACGUCGUGACCGGCUCCUGGAGCAAGAAGGCGUGCGAGGAGGCGCGCCGGCUCACCGUCGGCGGGCACGCGCAGGUCCGCGUCGUCGUCGACACACGGCAGCACUCACGCGAUGGCCAGUCCUUCGACAACAUCCCGCCCCACGCCGCGUUCGCGUUCUCGCCGGACCCCGCGCUCGUGUACUACUGCGAGAACGAGACCGUAGACGGCGUCGAGUUCGCGCACGAGCCGGGCAGCGCGACCGCGUUCCCGUACGGCCUGCUCAACCCGAACGGCGAGGCGAAGCUUCUCCCGCUCGUCGCGGACUACUCGUCGUCGUUCAUGUGCCGCCGGAUCCCACACCUCGCGGACCACGCCGUCAUCUACGCCGGCGCGCAGAAGAACAUCGGCCCCGCGGGCGUGACGGUGCUCAUCGUGCGGCAGGACUGCCUCGUCGAUGUCGAUGCGGCCGCGCAGCUGGGCGCGAUCCCUGUGCCGACGAUGCUAUCGUGGAAGACGCUCAGCGACUCCAAGAGCCUGUACAACACGCCUAGCGUGCUCUCGGUCUACGUGACUGGCCUGGUCGUUGAGCGCAUGAGGGAGCAGGGCGGACUCCCAUAUUACGAGGAGCUCAACCGCAAAAAGGCGCUAUCAGUGUAUGCAACCAUCAACGAGGGACAGGAGAAGGGCGUGUUCAGGAGGAAGGUGAAGAAUGGCUCGGAGAGUUGGAUGAAUGUCGUCUUCGAGGUGCUUGGUGAGGGUGCGGAGAAGAGGUUCUUAGACGGUGCAAAGGAGCGCGGUAUGACUGGUUUGGAAGGCCACAGAUCGGUCGGUGGCAUCCGUAUCUCGCUCUACAAUGCAAUCACGGAAGAACAAGCUGGCAAGCUGGUGACUUACAUGCGCGAAUUUAUCAUUGAGGAAACGAAAGACAAGCAACAGUGAGAUGUAAGUAAGACAGGACAUCAAUGUAAUUGUAUACGCAUUUCUAUACCUCUUCCUACACCCAAUAUAAGCCAGGAGAUGG